CUCGUGAGUUGCCGUAGUGACCCUCACGGCACAACACGGAAAUGAGAAUUUCAAAACACUAAUCCGGCAGAUUCUUCAUUAAUCGAGUGGAUUUAGAUCCGUUUCUUGUGAAAAUGACGCUAGAUUGCGGUCAGUGAAAUCAGGCAGCUGCAGUGUUUGUGUUGUGUUAUGAGUGUUGACAGGUGUUGAUCUUCAUCAUGAAGCUGAGCUCAUCAGUGUUUGCUGUAUUGUGUCUCAUAUGUGAGAUUGUGUCAGUCGCUCUUUUCCUGAGAGGAUUCUUCCCUGUUCCUGUCAAAUCAUCCUUUUCAGCCAAGAGCAAACUGAGUGACUUUCCUGCAGAGCCACAGACAGGAAGUGCUCUGAACUCCUCCAGAGUCCCCGCAGCUCUGUUCAGGCGUGUGGUGAUCGUCCUCAUCGAUGCUCUCAGACAGGACUUUGUGUUCGGCUCUGACGGCCGCAGGUUCAUGCCCUACACCAGACAUGUGCUGGAGAGAGGCUCUUCUCACAGCUUCAUAGCCAAAGCCAGACCUCCCACCGUCACCAUGCCCAGAAUCAAGGCUCUGACCACCGGCAGCAUCCCGGGAUUCAUAGACGUGGUGAUGAACCUGAACUCUCCGGCUCUGCUGGAGGAUAACCUCAUCUGGCAGGCCAAGAGCGCCGGCAAACGAAUCAUCUUCUACGGCGACGACACUUGGGUUCGACUCUUCCCAAAACACUUUAUGGAGCACGACGGCACUACCUCGUUUUUCGUGUCCGACUACACAGAGGUGGACAAUAACGUGACCCGUCAUCUGGACAGCACUCUGAAGCGGGAUGACUGGGAUAUUCUCAUUCUGCAUUAUCUGGGUCUGGAUCACAUCGGGCACAUCAGCGGACCCCACAGCUCUCUGAUAGGACCCAAACUCAUGGAGAUGGACGACGUCAUCAAGAAGAUUCACACCUCGCUCAUAUCAAAGGAAUCUGAAGGGACGCUGCCCAACUUACUGGUUCUGUGUGGAGAUCACGGCAUGUCUGAAACCGGCAGUCACGGCGGAUCGUCUGAACCGGAAAUCAACACGCCGCUCCUGCUCAUUAGCCCCGCCUUCAGGAGGAAAGCGGGAUUGGAGGAGCCGGACGUCCUGGAGCAGGUGGAUCUGACCCCCACCCUCGCCCUGGCUCUGGGGUUACCCAUCUCCCAGAACAGCGUGGGCCAUUUGAUUCCGGCCGUGUUUGAGGAGUUAUCGCUCCGAGAGCAGCUCCGCCUCCUCCAGCUCAACGGACACCAGCUCAGCCGGCUCCUGCAGGACAGCAAUCCCACCUUCCACAAGGAGGACGGUUACGAGUUGUUUCGCGUGGCGGAGAAGUCUCACGGAAGCUGGAUGAAGCUCUAUGUGGAUGGAAACACGUCUGAGGUUCUGAGCAACAUGGGCAAGAAGGUUCUGAAACAGUAUCUGGAGGCCCUGAAGGCCAUGAGUUCAGCUCUGGGCAAACAGCUGGGCAAAUACGACAUGUACUCCAUGAUCAUGGGCAUGAUCUUCAUGCUGCAGGUGCUGUUCUUGCUCUUGUUGGCCAUGCCGGAAGCGUUGAGCAGGGAGGCGGUUGUGGACGUCCCGCUGGCGUCUUCUCUGCUCUCUCUGCCCUUCUACCUGCUGUGUCUGUUCGGCUCCGCCCUCCACGUGCUGAUCUGCACCUCCGCCGGCGGGCCCUGCUACCUCUGCUCUCUCCCCUGGGUCCUGGUGUUCGCCGUCAUCCUCUUCUCUUCCGCCUUCAUGUGUGCUCUGGUCACAAUGGCUGCGAGGAGGAUUCCCACCAGCAACAAGACCCCUACUAAGAGUUCUGCCUGGACUCUGUCAGAGUUGGACACUCUGUUGCUGAUCGGGACAGUGGGUCACACGCUCAGUUUGGGUUCCAGCAGCUUUAUAGAGGAGGAACACCAGACCUGGUACUUCCUGCUCAACACGCUGUGUCUGGCCGUCUUCCAGGAUGUCUGCAGGAAGUACUUCAGGGAACAGAGGCACAGAGGUGAUGAAGAGGACGAGGGACCUCUGCUCCCCUCCAGCGCAGAGGAACGGUCGACAUUCUCCCCAGCGGCGGAGCUGGGAAUAAGCGCAGGUUCGGAGAAGUGGCUGGCCCUGGCGACCCCGCUGCUGACCCUGGCCUGCUGUCGCCUGCUGAGGUCACUGAACCAGACCGGAGUGCAGUGGGCGCACCUGCCUGACUUUGGACACUGGCUCAACAGUGGGGAUCAUAAGGCGUUCCUCUCCGUGCUGGCAGUGUUGUCUCUGGUUCUGAUCUUCCUCCUGGUUCAGCGUCACUGCUCGCUGGUGUCUAAGAUCGCCCUGGCGCUCGGCCUGCUCGGAGUUUACAGCUAUCGCGCCGCUGUCGGAAACGUCCUGUUCCCAUGGCAACACAGCAGCCGUGCCGUCUCCAAAGGAACCGUCGAGGCACGGUUCGUCUACGUUUUCGUCCUCGGCAUCUUAUUCACCGGCGUGAAGGACCUGUUGCGCUCGCAGGUGAUGUCGUCAGCGGCGGACAGUGGGCGUCUGAAGAGCAGAGGAUUGUGGGAAGUGUACAGCGGGGUGGUGUUAUUGGUGGCUCUGCUCUUCAGAGCUCAUAAUCUGCCCACGCUGGCCUGCUGUCUGCUCAUCCAGACCGUCAUGGCUCAGUUCAUCUGGAAGAAGCUGCACUACGACGCCGCCCAGACCACCAUCAUGCACUACUGGUUCGGCCAGGCCUUCUUCUACUUCCAGGGAAACUCUAAUAACAUCGGGACAGUGGACAUCUCUGUGGGUUUCGUGGGUUUGGAGAGUUAUGUAGAAGCACCUGCUGUUUUCCUGACGGCGCUGAGCACUUACACUGGACCACUGCUCUGGGCCUGUCACCUGCUGUGUCACCUGAGCUCAGAGAGAGACAGGGCUGUAAAUGGUCUCGGUCAUGGCAGCUACUGCUUCGCGCUCCUGCGGUCCAUCCCAGUCGUGUUCUACGUGGUUCUGGUCACCAGUCUCCGAUACCACCUCUUCAUCUGGAGCGUGUUUUCUCCAAAACUCUUGUAUGAAGCCAUGCACACCCUCGUCACCACCGCCGUGUGUCUGUUUUUCACCUUUAUGGAUCAGGAACGCUCGGCUAGGCCUUGAAUACAAAGCCAGAUCCAGAACCAAAGCCAAACUCAGGUACAAAUGGUGCAGAUGGAGUUUUAGGCACCAAAAGAAGAAAUUAGUUCAUGUGGAAGGAAAUUCUACUUCUGUAAAAGAGGUCAACGUUCAGAGCUUACAUGGAGAUUUGGCUUGCUCUACUGACUUAUUUCUGUGCACGUCAUUAAAUUAUUUUUUUUAAUAUUUUUUGGGAGGUCAUCGAUAACGUGCAGAUAACGUACGGCGAGACUUGUGGGUGUACAUAUGAUAAUCCCUCUUAUUCUCUAUGCAGUUUUCUUCCUGAAGCUUUACCGAUAAAGGACAGUGUAAUUCUUUUUGUAUUUUGCCAUUUCUGCUCCUGACCGUUGCUUCACCUCUGGAAUAAUACGAGAUAAGAUACAUCAUUAAUAACUCUCCUCGCUGAGAUCACAGCAGAUGUAAACUCCUCACGCACUUGAAAGCUUUAAGAGAUCUUAAAAGUUUUUUACAUCAUAUCUAAACACAGCUGCGUGUCACGUUUCAUAUUAAUCCGCCUGUUGGGAAUGUGAAUUGUAAACUGAUUUAUCUUGGUAAGUGUUUUUUCUUUAUCUCAGCUCUUAGAUCUGGUUAAUAAUAAAACAAGCCCUUUUUGAUUGCGAGUAA